AUGGAGCCAUCCUUUGCGGUGGGAUGCCUCUGGUUCUUGGUCAUCGCCUUCAUGUUCUUUGCACAGCACCAUGUGUGUGACGCCUACUUCGUUCCAGCUAUCAAUGUCUUCGUGGGGAAGAUGAAGAAGAGCAGCAACAAGUGGCUUCAACGCUGGGGUGAUGAAGCUGUUGCCGGUGCAACCAUUUGUGCCUUAGGCUGCAAUGGGCCGGAGAUGUUCACCAACUUGAUCUCACUUUACACCGGCUCAGAUGCUGGGAUCGGUGUGGUGGUUGGCUCCGAAAUCUUCAAUCUUCUCAUCAUCGUUGGCCUCACCAUCUCUGCUGCGCCAGUCGUUCCUUUGGCUUUGGAGAGGGUUCCCUUCGCGCGUGAUUGCUUCUUCUACGCCUUGUCGAUCGCGUUGCUCUACUGGGCGCUUCUGGAUCGUGCGAUCGAGUCUUAUGAGGCUUGGGUCUUGCUGGCAGCUGCCGUGCUGUACGUCUGUUGCGUCUGCUUCACCGGCGACCUGGUCAACGCCAUCCCGGCGCUGCGUCCACCGGAGAGAGCCAGCGAAGUGGAGGGCAGUGGAUCGCCCAAGAAGAAGGGGAAGAUGCAUGGCAUCGAGGUCUCAGUGGAAGAGAUCCUUCAUGCGCGGAUGGCCGAUGCACAUGGUGGAGAUGCCGAGAAGUGGAGCGUCGACCCGACGGCUCAUGGCAUUUAUGCUGAGCCACAAGAGGGGAAGGAAGCUACAGAGAGCAAGUCCAAUGCACGACAGUCCAUUGGGUUCCAGUUCGAUGUGAAGGAUGCCAUGCCGAAGCCUCAGUGGUUGGGAGCUGUUCUGAAGUACAAAGACUUGCAAGAGGUGGUCUUGAUGGAGAUGGGCGUGAUCAACUUGGAGUUUUACCACAAUUUGCAACACAUUACCUUGAGACUCACGGUCGAAGGUCCUGAUCAACGAGAUCAGCUCCUGAAGAACAUCAAAGAAUACUCCCUGGGGCGGCCCUGGGUUCAUGGAUAUGAUGCCACCAUCGUUGGGGCAUGGCAGCAUUUGCGCCACACCAUCACUGCAAAAGACAUGCCACUCAUUCAAAGGCUUUUGGUGGUUCCUGAGUUCCUCAUUGAUUCUUUACUGAGAGGCACCUUGUUCGCCGUAGAUGUGAAAGAUGUCACCAAGGAAAAUCGCUGGCCGCUGUGCUUUGCGGGGGCCAUGUUUUGGCUUGCCAUUUUCUCCUUCUUCAUGCUGGAGAUUGCGAAUCAGAUCCAUUACAACAUCCCUGCUUUGCCCAACAGCUUUCUUGGAAUCACCGUUUGUGCCAUUGGCACUUCCUUUCCCAAUGCAGUCGCUUCAGUACUCAUGGCACAGCAGAACAAGCCUGCAGCAGCGAUUGCCAAUGCACUCGGCUCCAAUGUGCAGAACGUUUUCUUAGCGAUGGCCUUGCCUUGGGUCAUCUAUCAACUUCAACAUGAUGGCAAGCCGAUCAACCAGAAUGUGGCAGGUAUCAAUGAGGGCGUGGUCUGGAUGUGUGGGACCUUGGUCUUGGUCAUUGCCUUUGUGCUCAUGCCACCCUUCUGCAAAUUAUCCUACGCCUAUGGCCCAAUCCUGGUGAGUGUUUAUUUGGCUUACUUGGUGUUGACGAGUGGGGAGACCUUCGGCUGGUGGCCUCCCUUGGAUCUGGGAGACCUGGAAGGUGCGGAUGAAGCUUUGGAUAAAGCUCUGGCGUUGUCGGGGCGCCCAAAAACAGAAGGAUCCCACGCGUUCGUAGAGAGAGAGAGAGAGAGUUGA